AUGACUCUCCUCACCGUCCUGUUGACGCUCACCACUGGAGCUUCAGCAGCAACCCAAGUUACCUGGGCCUCUGUGGCAUUCGUGAAUCAUGGAGAGAAGAUACCGUAUCUCGAAAAGGGCCCUUACAAUCUUACGCCACUCGGUGCGACUCAGUUGCAAAACGCUGGAUCCGUCUUUCGAGAUCGAUAUCUGAGCCCGCCAGUCAAUGGAUCACAGCUUACUGUGGGCACGCCAAUUAACGGCUUGAAUGUCAAUGAUAUCGAAAACACUCAGCUUUAUAUCGCUAGUCUGAACGAUGAAUAUAUCAGUGCCAGUGCGACGGCGUUCAUGCAAGGUGUCUAUCCUCCGCGUGGAGAAUCGGGUACCCUAACAAUGGACGAGGAAAGUCUUUUGGGUAAUGGAUCAUUAGCUCAGUAUCCUCUAAAUGGCUAUCAAUACCCUAACAUUGAAACCCUGGGCUCCUUAGAUUAUAAUUCGAUCUGGCUCGGUGGAAACCAAGGAUGCAACAACUAUACUCGUAACAUGCUCAACGAGAUCAGGACGCCAUCCUAUGUCUACAAGAUGACCCAGUACAGGGACUUCUACGAGGGCUUGCAAGACCAGGUAUUCUGGGAGUUCAAUAAAAGCAUCCUCAACUAUGCUAAUGCCUAUGAAUUAUGGGAAUAUGGAGCCUACAAGUACCAACACUCGAAGUCGAUCUACAACUCCUUACUACCAGAAAAUCUCAACAAACUACGAAACCUAGCUUCUGAGCAACAAUGGUUGUUCAAUACCAAUACCCAAAGCAUUGGAAACUCUGAUAAUGCCAUAGCUGGAAAGACAUUGGCAGGCAAAAUGUUCUCAAUACUCGCGCACAAUAUCGGCACCCAAGGUUCUGCAAACAAAUUGAGUGUAAUGUUCGGCUCUUUCGAACCCAUGCUCUCCUUCUUCUACCUCUCGAGCCUCAGCAGCAGACACGAUGAUUUCAUGGGUCUGCCAGAACCAGGCUCUGCAUUGAUCCUGGAACUAUUCUCGUAUUCAACAUCAGAAAAUGCUGCACAAAAUCUGAGCACGCCAUUCCCAAGCGUCGACGAUUUAUGGGUUCGCUUCCUCUUCCGAAAUGGUACAGGCGAGACGGAACCAAUAAUAGCAUAUCCUAUCUUCGGACGUGGCAAUUCUGAAGUCGAUAUGUCAUGGAAGGAGUUUGCCGAUGGAAUGGCCGAUUUUGCUCUUACGGAUGUUGCGGAGUGGUGCUCCUCGUGCGAUGCCGUCAACCUCUUCUGUGAGGCAAUCGAGGGCAAUAUCUCAAGCAACAAUACCGCAAGCACACCUUAUGUAACAGGAGGAGGAAGAUCCAGCGGUGUAUCUCCAACGGUGGCUGGUGUAAUCGGUGCCGCUGUCACUAUUGCAGCGUUCAUUAUCGCCGCUUUGGCACUUAUCUUCUUCGGAUUCCGAAUCGAUCGCCGCGAAAAACAAAACCCAGCUGCGAAGAACGGUGAUCUGGGAGUUUUAAAGAGAAGUGGUAGUGGUGGUUUCAAGGGAGCAGAGAAGCUGGCUAGCGAUACUGAUUUGGCGCUGAAGGGAGGCGCUGGAGCAACGAUCAUUCGACACGAGCGAGUGGGUAGCUGGGAACUGAAUAACAGCCCAACAAGCGGUAUCACCCACUCGAGUUUGGAUAAGGAGAUCGAAUCUGGAAGAGCUGUGAGUAAUGCUGAUUAUGGACGUCGAAGUGAAGAUGGAAUUGGAAACGUCAAUCCAUUUGGCGACCCAGUUAAGCCAGUAGACCACAUUUGA